AUUGCUUCAGAGCAAAACCAAACCCUCACUUGGAAGUGAUGAGAGAUUUCUAACAGCUGCGUGAAAUCCUGCCAUAGAGCAGUUCUAGCUGGCUUGUACUGGAACAGAACAAAAAGAUGAUGCUUGAGAAAACUGAAUGUGAGGCUGUCUUCUAACUGGUUCUUCCUUUUAUGGUCUGGUUCAUUUAUGCCCUUCUCAUCAGGCUGUUUAUUAUGGGACAAGUCUCCGUAUAAAUGAUUCCCAUUGUCUUAUUAAAAAAAAUGGAAGGAGAAAGGGCAAAAGAGUAUCCUGCAGAAGAAUCUGUACAUUUAUUUUGUCAGGAACAUCCCCACAGAAAAGGGAAGUUAGUUAUUUCAAAAUUGUCUAGAUUUUAUCAGGGACAGGGGUUUUGCCUUUUAAAUCAAAACUCACCAUGAAAGUAAUUUUGUUAAAAUGUGACCAUGAAAAAUUUGGUUGUGAUUGCUGGAUAAUAGUCCUGUCACAGCUCCUUAUUCUUCUCAAUCUGUUACUUCAGAGGUUUGUUCAUAGUCAAAGGUCAAUGCAUUCAGCCCGUAGUCACUGAUUUAUUGUGUCAUACACUGUCACAAGUGAUUUUCAAUACUUCUUAUCAAACACAUUUUAUCAUCAUGUUUUAGCUCUGUGGGAGGAAAUAUUGUGCAGCUCAAACAUGGUAGCUUUUUAAAAGUGAUCCAUUACAUGUCCUGUUGCCCACUACUGUCUCAAGUGGUUUUUUCUAGUUUCUACUUUAUGAUGGGAAAGUAUGUAGAAAUAUUUUGCUCCAGUCCAGUAUAUGCAGUGGAAUUUCAGUAUAUGAAAUACAUAAACUCAAAAUCACAAUGCAACUAGACAAAUCAUAAAUCAACUAAAAUAGAGGUAUAAAUUGUACAUUUAUAAAGAAAAAAAGAAAAAACCUGCAUUUAAGGAGUAUCUUAAAUUUCUCCCCUUUGUAAAGGGAAGUAUGUGAGUGUGUGUGAGAGGAGUGGUGUGGGCGUACAUAAAAAUCCAUUGGAAAGGAGGGGGGAAAAUGGAGAGUGGAAAGAAAAGGAUAAACAAAAGAGUAUGGGUCACUUACAACUUGAGAUAUUCUGUGAUUAAAAAAAAUCUGUUUAGUAAUUAACUUGUAUGGUUUUUUGUAGAAUGUAGAGUCCCCAUCAGAAAUCUCCUUCUGCCAGAAGACAAACAUGUGCAAGUGAAAGCAUGAUGGCUCAGGUUGUGACCAGAUGGUUGGUUUCACUGUGCAGUGCCAGAGGUGAGAGUUUUCUUUUAUCAACAGUUACCUUACACAUCAUCUGAUGCAAGGUUCUCCCUUCCACUGGGUUGAGAGGAGAGUAGAAUUUUUUAAGACACUCACCAUGUGGAGUUCUGAACACUGUCUCCAUGAUUUUGACCACAAGAUUACUACGAGACAAAAUGGUACAUAUCCUGAAGGGCUUCCAAUUGCUAUCAAUGGAAUUUUACAAGUGAUCAGCCAAAGUGAUCAGCAUCUUAUAGGAAUGAAUGCUGAAUGAAGUUUUGCCCCCUCCACAUGCUUUCUGUAAGAAUCAUACAAGCUAAGAACAUCAAGUCAAGAGACCUGUGGACAGGUCCACUUUCCUGCCAAAACCUUGCGGGGCAAUGUUAUUCACUGCUUGAUACCAGUCUGAAGUAUUUAGGCAUCUCGGGCUGCAGUAGACAUCUUCAGUCAAGUCCAGACUCCAGCUCUGAAAGACAUCACCCUGGAGAUUUCCUUUCACACCGUUGUCAAGCUUCACAAAUGACUGCAUCAGACUGCUAUGUGCGCUUGUGGCUGCCAUCUGCUUCAAAUGGAAAGCUUCAGACCAAAACCAUCAAGAAUUCUGACAACCCUGUCUGGAAUGAGACUUUCUACUUUAGGAUCCAGAGAGAAGUUGAGAACAUUUUAGAAUUGGCAGUGUGUGAUGAAGAUCCUCUCACCAAAGAUGAUGUGCAGUUCACAGUUCUUUUUAAUGUUGCUAGAGUCAGACCUGGGGAGACAAUCCGCGAGACAUUUGCCUUGAAAUCAGAGACAGAGCGGUGUGCUAAGAAAUGGGAAAGUUUGGAAGUGGAAUUCUGGAUGGAAAGAAUCCCUGGCCCUCCAGAGCGCCUCAUUACCAAUGAUGUCCUAGUGUCCCGUGAGGUUUGCUGCUUGGAAGUGCAAGUGGACAUUAAUGAAAGCAGGAAAUAUUUGAAAGAGGGUAAAAAUCUCGUGCUUAGCGUGCCUGCCUCUCACGAGGGAACACAGAAGACUGUAGAGGACACAGAUACUUUCUACUUCCAUUGCUUGAAGGCUUGGGAGCCAAUUCUAAAAGCCAGGCUGCAGAAAGUUUCUGAUAAGGAAAAUGACAACAGCAAUUUAAGUGACACCUUAACAGUACCACUGAAAUUUCUCCCUGUUGGACAUAGAGUGAAAGUAACUCUCCCUGUAAGACAUAAAGUGCCACUGCAGCUGUACCUCCAACUUAAUGAUUGCACAGAAAAACUAGAUGUGCGCUUCGGGUAUGAUCUCUGCCAAGAAGAGCAACAGUUCUUGCAAAAAAGGAAGAGAGUGGUUGCCGGUGCCCUGAAAAGGGUUCUUCAUCUGAAAAGAGAUCUACAUGGACACGAGGUCCCAGUAAUAGCUGUUAUGGCAACAGGCGGAGGUCUCAGAGCAAUGUCAGCAAUGUUCGGCCACCUCUUAGCUCUUCAGAAGCUAAAUCUGUUGGACUGUGUUACCUAUCUCACUGGGGCUUCUGGCUCAACAUGGACUCUAGCAGACCUGUAUGAGCAUGCUGACUGGUCACAGAAGUCUCUAGAGGAGCCACUUAAGGCAGUAAAAGAAAAAGUCACAAAAUGCAAACUCAAUCUUAUGUCUAUAGACCAUCUGAAGUAUUACCACAAGGAACUCACUGAAAGGGCAAAAGCAGGACAUGUGUCAUCUUUUACAACUCUGUGGUCACUUGUUCAGGAAAUGUUCUUACAUGAACGGCCAAGAAAGUACAAACUCACAGACCAGCGCAGAGCAUUGGAGCAUGGACAAAACCCACUGCCUUUCUAUGCAGUCCUCAAUGUGAAAGACGAGAAGUUUGGUACUUUCAAAUUUAGAGAGUGGGCAGAUUUCUCUCCUUAUGAGGUAGCCAUACCAAAAUAUGGAGUUUCCAUUCCUUCAGAAUAUUUUGACAGCAAGUUCUUCAUGGGAAGGCGAGUGAAGAAGCUGCCAGAAUCUCGGAUCUGCUAUCUGGAAGGUCUUUGGACAAACAUCUUUACUAGGAAUUUGCUGGAUGGCUUGUACUGGUCCUCAAAUUCAAAUGAGUUCUGGGAACGAUGGGCCCAAGAUAUGGUAGAUAUAGAAAAACAUUCCCCUGAGGAUGAUAUCACUGUCAUCGAGCCUCCAUCCUGUUUGUCAGGGAAGUUGUAUGAAAUGUUUCAGGACAUUAUGACCAAGCGCCCACUACUGGGAAAGUCUCAUAACUUCCUGAGAGGCUUAGAAUUUCAUAAGGAUUAUAUCCAUCAGAAAAAUUUUAUUGAAUGGAAAGACACUGUACUGGACGCUUUCCCUAACAAUCUGACACCGCUGCAGAAAUAUCUUUGUCUGAUAGAUGUUGGCUAUUUCAUCAACACCAGUGGUGCAGCACUUUUCAAGCCAGAGAGGAAUGUAGAUGUCAUUAUAUCCCUUGAUUAUGGUUUGGGGAAUGUGUUCAAGCAAUUAGAGAUGACAUACAAAUAUUGCAAGAUACAAAAUAUCCCGUUCCCCAAAGUGGAGCUAAGUGAAGAAGAAAAGAAGAACCCAAAGGAAUGUUACGUCUUUUCGGAUGCCGAGGAUCCCAGAGCACCCAUAGUAAUCCAUUUCCCCCUGGUGAAUGACACGUUUAAGGAAUUCAAGGAGCCAGGGGUAAAGCGCGGUCACUCAGAGAUGGAAGAAGGCAAAGUAAAUCUGGAGAACAGCUGCUCACCCUACUACCUCAUUAGGUUAAUCUACUCCUCUGAAAAUUUCGAUAAACUCGUGAACCUGAGCAAAUACAACAUCCUCAAUAACAAAGACACGCUCCUCCAGGCAAUCCAGAGUGCUGUAGAACGGAAGAGAAGCAGCAGGACUGGGAAUGUCUCCAGCUAUUCUGGAUACCCCUAGGCUGGGUUUUUGCACUGUUUCCUACUGAAGGCUAUGGCAGCACACUGGAACACAUCACAGUCACAUUGCGACACAUCAGUGUUCAUUAUUUGCAGAAAACUGAGGAAACCUGUACAUUUCUCAUCUUGCCUUGUUCAAGCUCCUAGCUUUCAAAAGGGUUUAUUUAAUCUUAUUCCCCCAUGUUUUCAGCCCACAAGAGCCUCACACUGUGGUUAAGAAAUUAAGGUCCUGGUUAGCAGAGACCUCUCAGGAUCUCCCUGAUGUUAUAUGAUAUGGUGGUGCUAGAUAGUUUCUUGUAUGCGCCUGUCCUUUCAACCCUGAGCCCAUUAUUGGUGUCUUUUCAAUGCUUCAUCGCAAACCAAGUCUUGGCCAUUUGCAUUCAGUAAUGUCCAGAUUUUCAGAUAGGCUGAGCAACUAGAAUUUGCACUGAAUUGGUGGGCUCAGUUUUGAAGUCAGGCCAAAGAAUCAUGCAUAUAUAUGUGAACAAUGUCCAAACUGCAACGUGGACAGUGACGCUCUGUCUGGCCAGUUCCCCUUGCUGAUUUAGAAGUUACUCCUUUUUUUUCUGUUCCCCUGCAAGAGUUUGGCACAGAAACACUGCUCCAAACUGCCACAAAAGGGGCAGUUACAUUUCAAGGAGAGAUGAUGUUAGCUGCAGUGAGUGAGUACGGUUCUUUUGAGUGUUGGCUGGAGGAAAAGUUCUGAAUAAAGCGUGAGUAAAUGCAUUGAUUUAUACCAGCAGUGCCUUUAUACGUUAAAAUGUCAAGAACCUGAAACAAACUUAUGAUAGCAGAAGCUUGAGAAGAAUAAUUAGCAUAGACUCAAGUACAUUUAAUUAAAUAAUCAUGACCAAGCCAUAAGCUGGUGCUCCUUAUGGAUGUAAACUGAAUGUACGACAACAUAACUCACUAAAAGAAUGCAUAGCCAUUAUAUUUUCACAGCCAGAAGAUUUUUACCUUUUACAGUCUUCUAUCCCUAAUGUUACAGGCAAAGUGUUUUUAAAAGGUGCUACAGAAAAUAGAGCACAAAUAAUAAAAAAAGGAAAUUCUCUAUCGCACCUCCUUGUUGGAGGAAAAUAUUUGGAAAAAUGACACCUGGUUUUCAUUUGCUUUGGAGUGCAGUGAGAGAUUUUUGCUUUGAACUAGGAGAUUGGAACAUCUUUAUGGCCUUGCACUAUAUUAAAAAGAUGGUAGGGAAGGAUGCUGAGCAAUAUAAAACAGAGAUCCACAAAAGUCAGAGGAGUUUGCAGACUUCUCUAACAUUGAAGGAUUUGGACCUGCUUCUGCCUUGUUUAUUCUGAACACAGCAUAUUCAGCAGGGACCUCCAAGGAAAAUCUUAUACAUUUCUUCCAUGUUGGAAAUUUACUUGAGAUCUAGAAUUAUUUAAUUUGAAAUCCAAAGUCAGACAAAGAAAGAGCAACAGGGUAUAUGCAGGCAGUACUCAAGCUCAAAGGGAGAGCAUUUACAAAGACUUCAUUGCCUGAACCCUGCAUUUACUAAAUGCUGCUUCUGCUGCAAUGGCAAGUAAGCCGUAGUAAUAUUCCUUGUACAAUGCAAAUUUCCUGAGCUAAAGAAUGUCAUGCAAAACCUGAGGAGUAGUAAAAGCUGGAAUGCAACUGUACAGCUGAAUUCUGGCCAUGAGACGUUAAGAACUAAUGGGAUACCAGCUGCAAGAAAAAAAAAAGAACCAUUUUGAGUUGAGAGGUGAGAUGGCAGCAGGGGGCUAUCUCAAAGGAGAGUCCUACCAGCAGGAUCUGUUGCCUUUGCAUAGGAGAGCAGCACGUCCUGGCACAGUAUUUUGUGGCACAUACAAAUUUUUGUGCUCCUCUGGCUGGUCCUAUAAAGAAACCCCUCCCUAUAACCUGCUUGGACAGAACAAAAACUAAUUCCAUCAUGACUGCGAAGAGGCUAUGUGCUCCCAUGUCCCAUGUCCUGGUGCACCCUGAUUCACCUAGGCUCCACAGACAUUUGGUGUUUGACCCCCUGCUUGCCCUGGCUGGAAAGGAUGGACAAGAAGUGACUAACACCAUCAUGCUGUCCAUCUCAUGUCCUCACUGCUCUUGGGACAUCAAAUUAUUGCCUACAUUUUCCAGCAUUACACUGUUACACAGGAGCUGCAAAGGUUUGAGCUGGAGGAGAGGGCUGGGGGCUGAACAGUUAGAGGGGAGUCCCAAAACCAGCAACUGAUAGCAGCUAGGUAGUUGUGGCAGGGAAGGUGGAAUCUCCCUUUGCCAGGAGAACUGUCACCAAAAUUUGUGCCAACACUUAAAGUUAGGCUGGGGACUGCUGUUCAAUUUUGCAGCUGGAGUCACAGACAAGCAUAUACCCUUUCAUCUCCUUGGGGCCCCAUGUGGUACCAUUGUAGCCUUAAAUGAUAAUAGUUUUAUCAAAUAUAUUUUUGUGUUUCAGGGCUUGAAAUUGUGUGAGGGCUCUAUCAUUGCCCGUCAGACUGCCUUUUUGUUUUAUUUUGGUUACUUUUUUGUUUUUGUAACAUGACAUGGAUGUGACACAUGGGAACACGUUUAGUGGUGAACUUGGCAGUGCUGAGUUAACGGUUGGACUCGAUGGUCAUACAGGUCUUUUCCAACUUAAACGAUUCUAUGAUUCUAUGACAUUAAGGGAGUACAUUGCUGGCUUGAUGGUGUGGCAGGAGGACCUGGAGGGCAAAGGCUGCUGGAGGACUCUGCAGGAUGGAGGGACCUACACCUGGCACAGUCUUGUCUGUGCAGCUUCUUGGGAAGUGGUAGCUGGUACAGGCUGUCUCUCAAAGCACACCUGAGCUGUGGUUCACAGCAUUCUGAUUUGCACAGCCCCAAACUCACAGAACUAUAGAGCAGAGUUUCAGUGACAUGAGGCUGAUCAGUGACCUGUGCUCUGGACUGGUCCUUGGUCCUUGUUCUUUUUGGGUAUACAGCGAGUCUAAGGGCCUCUGAAUUUUGUGUGGUUGUUCCCCAAAGGUUGUGGUUUCGAUUUUUGCCUCGGCCCCAUUCUUGCCUGGCCUUGUGCCACAUGCUGUCCUGUGACUGAGCAGAGUGCAUGCAAACCAAAGCAGGCACUUCCAGGAGAAAGUUGUUAUCUGUGUCUCACCCUAAAAAGGCACAUGACAUGCUUAUAAAUCAGGCAUUGCUAGUCUGGUGUUAUGGUUGCUUAAUGACUGAAUAUGAAUGCAUGCCUGCCAAAAAGUCACCCGAAAGGCACCCCAGAGCACUACUUUCCGAUGGAUAACCCCCACAAAUACAGAGCUUGCUAUCUGUUGCCAAACACAAAGGAAACAAAAGUUUGUUCUUAUAACUGCUAGCUGUUUUUCAGAGAAAUUGCUUGCUUGUGUCUUUUAACCAUUUAAUAAUAUAUUAAUUAAAAUAUAAUAAUUUAUUAAUUAAUAAAAUAUUGUGAAGGAACACCAGACCCAUGAAACUUUAUGCACUUAAACACAAGGAAAUGUUUUUUCCACUUGUAUUAGCACUAUUUACUGCAAAAUGCCUGCUGAGAACUUCAUAGGGCAUUUACUGUUUUCAAGAUUGGAUGGAAAAAUUUGGGAGAAGAUCUUCAGGUUUACAAAGGCAUGGAGAGCCUUGGAAAAAGUGGAACAAAAUCUGCCUCCUGUGGUAAAACCCUCUUCAGUGGAAUGGCACAAAGCAGGGUAAAGAGGCAGCUGUACUAAGCCACAACCAAGGCACAGCUUUGUUUUGCCUCUUGGUGGUUUGACCUAAGUGAGUACAGAAGGCUGCCUUUCUUGAUAACUUUGCUGUUAUCAGUUGAAUGGUAAGUUUAAAUGGUAAGUUUAAAAUACUUUAAAAAAGUGUUAGGCUUUUUGUGGUUUUUCUUUGUUUGUUUGUUAGU